AGGCGGAACCAUUCAAUUUAAUUUUUAAAAAGUCUGUGCCCCGAAAGGAAAAAGUCUCCAUAAAAAGUCUGUGGAAAAACUUUUAUUUACAUUUUGUUUGCAAAAUUAAAUUAACACAAAAAUAGUGUAAAAAAAAAAUUAAAAAACAAAACAAAACUGAGGUUCUUCAUAAAAAACAAAACAGAAUGCAGCCGCUGCCCUUGUAAAGUUACAGUCGCACCACUGAUCUCUACUCAACUUCCCGGAAAACGCCGCCGGAGUUACUCCCCGGCCGCCAGAAACAGUGAUAAAAUCGUCCAGUGAUAGGGAAAAUGGCGUUUAGAGGAAAAGAGAUGAUGAAGAGAGUUCUGAAGAAAGUUGGAGAGAAGAAUUUGACUCCAAAAGCGAAGCAAUCGUUAGAGAAAUGUCUUCCCAAAUCGAAAGUUGUGAUGGGUCGUGCAAAACGAGGUCUUUUUGCUGGGAAACACAUUCAAUUUGGCAAUAGUGUUAGUGAAGAUGGUGGCAAUAGGACAAGGAGAACUUGGAAACCUAAUGUUCAGGACAAGAGGCUCUUUAGUUAUAUCCUAGAUCGUCAUAUUCGUGUUAAAGUCACCACUCAUGCCCUUCGUUGCAUAGACAAGGCAGGUGGAAUUGAUGAAUACUUGCUGAAGACUCCUUAUCAGAAGAUGGACACAGAAGUAGGCCUCUUGUGGAAGGCAAAGAUUGAGAAGUUGUAUGAAGAGCUUGGGACGAAGGAGGUUGUAUUCUUUUCACCGGAGGAUGAAGCGAAGUUCGAACAGGGCUUUAAAGAUUUGAGAUUAGCUGAAAGGGAAGCACGUAAAGAAGUCAGAAAAAUAAUGCAUGUUGGGAUGAACAAGCAAGAUGGUCAAUCUAGUGACGAGGGAGCUGCUAAAAUCGAGGGAGAAAUCUCACACGAUUCAUCAAAGCGAUUGGCUCCUGUCUCAUAUGUGAUAGCUCCUGACAAACUCAAAGUUGGAGAGUAUAUUUCUAAUUGAUUUUAUGUCAGCUGACAAUGGUGGUGUAAGGUGUCUUAGCUCGUCGAGUAUGAAAGUCUUGGUUCUUUGGUUCAUCCUGCUUUAAACUUUAUGUAGUCAAAAGCAUAAUUUAUUGUGCCAAAAUAAUAGUUUAUUUCUUCUUGUAGCAGGAUCAAAUUUCCUGAUGUACCCUUAGUAAAUCUUAAAGGUAUUCUAACAGUUAGUAUGGUUUUCAUAUUGUUAAUUUUUUGUUGCGCCUAGGGUAUGUCCUGGUCGGGAGCCCGCGACUAAUAUCUUAAGAUACAAACUAUUGUUGACUUUUUUUCCUGUCA